UCUGCUGUUGUGUGGAGUAACAUUAUACAACCCGGGCCGUGGGAGGAGGGGGAGCCACGAGAUAGGUGUAGCAGAAGGCAGAUCCAUCACUAUAACACGAUUGAUACCGCUCCUCCGCAGUACCGAUUUACAAUCGGACAGCACACAAGUAGCUACGCAUAGGACCCCCGAGUUUAUACUGAACAUUUAAAACUUUAUCAAUAUGUGUGAGUAGUUUUAACUUGUGAAACUAAGAAAUACAAUAUGGAGCCAUCGGCUGGAGUCAAGAACAUGACAAGUUCCAAGGAACUGUGGCGACAAAUCCGACUGGAGAUGAAACAAGUGAUUCAGAGCUAUUCUACAGUUCUCCUCAUACCAGUGGUCAUCUCAUUCUUCCUCCUGUUGGUCUUCUUCUGGAGACGUUACCUGCGCUGGACCGUCCCAUGUCAGAGUUCGCGCCAGCUCAACGGUAAAACUGUCAUAAUAACAGGAGCGUCUGGAGGACUUGGAAAGUCUACUGCGUAUGAUCUCGCCAAAAGAGGUGCCAAGGUCAUCCUUGCCUGUCGGAACUUGAAGAAAGCGGAAGCAGUUGCCAGGGCAAUACGUAUGAAGACACAUAACGAUGACGUGUACGCAUCUUACAUUGAUCUUGGAAGUUUGCGAACCGUGAAGGAAUUUGUGCAAGACUUCCAGGAUAAGGAGCCGAAACUAGACAUCCUCAUCAAUAAUGCUGCUUACAUGGGCCCCCGCGCCACGACAGAGGACGGCUACGAGAGGAGUUUUGGUGUUAACUAUCUGGGCCACUUCUAUCUGACCUAUCUUCUUAAGGACAAAUUGAAGAAAUGUGCACCAAGUCGCAUCGUCAAUGUAUGUUCUGACUCCUAUAAAAAGGGCAGGCUGGAAUUUGAGGACCUCUCGAUGAAGAAUUACGAUAUUUACGGUGCAUACGCACGCAGUAAACUUGCAAUAGCGCAGUUCACAGUGGAGGCUCAUAGGUGCUGGUUCCCCGACGUCGUGCUCUGCUAUGCUGUACAUCCAGGCUGUGUUCACACGGAACUUCUGAGGAAUUGGCCUGGACUUUUUGGACAAGUCUUACGUGCAGCUGCAAGGUUUCUCUUCAAGACCCCAGAGGAAGGAUGUCAGACAGUCGUUUACUGCGCAGUCGCAGAAGGUAUCAGAGAUCAAUCCGGGAAAAUGUUUGAGAACUGUAAACCAUUGAAAACAAAGGAUUUUGUCAAGGAUAAAGCUAAAGGUCGACAGCUGUGGAAUAAAAGUUUACGUUUGUGUGACUUAGAUGAAGAACCGAAUGUCUCUGAUGAUGAACCCACACCGGAAGUAAACACCGUCACGGUCAAUGGCGACCAAGGAGAGACACACAACCAAACUAAUCUGGAAGAAAAGAAAGACAAAUAAAUAUAUAAGUAUAGUACACGUGUGCAAGUGGGUGAACAGCUGAUACAACACGUGCGCAUGCUCAUUGUUGCUUCGACAUAUAUAUUUUGAUUAAUAUAGAGUUCAGAUUGAGUGAGGAUGUUUACGUGUUUGGUGACGCAAUAGAUGUAACUGUUUAAAGAUAUCCUUAGAUGCAUGACUUCGCUGAGUGAUUUUUAAUUAUGUUUAUGCAAACUCUGUUUUAAUGUGUUAACUAUACACAGACAUCAUGUGAUUACAUUGUCUACACAUGUCGAUGUUUAUCUAUGAACGUCAUUAUUUACCAGGAGUCCGUCCGCUAUUGACUGUGAUUUUAAACAACGUACAGUUGAUUGUGCCUAACGAAAGAAUACUUCAUAUUAAGAAAUGUAUUUUACUAGUGAUGUUAUUUGUGUAAAGGGUAUGAAUUUGUCAGUUUGUCGAUAUCCAGAAAUAUUAUUAUACUCCAGGGUCGUGAGACACGAGGAUGUAGAAAAAAAAUCAUGUUCUGUAUACUAAACUAUACAGGAAAAAUCAUUGUUCCUUUGCAUUUGAAAAUUUAGAUUCCUCGUGCAAUAUUAUGAUAUAAAUAGCCAGACAAUUAAAUUAUUUAGUAGUUUAAUUUCUCCACCUAAAUCAUUGUACGUGUCAUUGUCGUUACCCAUUGGGCGCUGUGUUAUUGAAAUAAAUGUAUAUUUAUAUAUGUAAGAUAUAUAAAUAUAAAAGAUAAAUAUAAAUGUAUGAAUAUAAAAUAAAUAAACCGUUGUAAAUAAAGCCGGGUAACUCGCUAUCGAAUAAAGUAAGGAAUUAGUAAUUGAAUUAGAAUAUAACUAAUCGUGGAAUAAAUAUACCACGCUCGUGUUACCAUGCUCGUGUGCAGUUGGAAAGUGUUUUUGAUGUAGAAAUGUACUGAUUUUGUUGAUAAGCUCUGUUCAUUAUUUAAUGUAUCAAAAUGCACAGUCAAACAACUUUAGUUCCUUUGUUCAGAAAAUGUAGUGUUAGACAACUUUAGUGAACAGUUCAUCAGACGAGGACUCCUUUGUUCAGAAAAUGUGGAGUCAGACAACUUUAAUGAAGAGUUCAUCAAAUGUCACAUUUAGCUGUUUUAAUAUUUGAGAGUGUUUCUAAAGCAAGCUAUCCCAGUGAUGGCAGAGAUUAGUUUUGGAAUAUCUAGAUAUAAACUCGGCUGUAGGUGUUCACCAGACAGUAAGUGCCAUUUAACAACACAGCUUGCCCUGUAACGGUAACCGGAAGGACAACCAACUCCUUGUUUUGAUGGAAUGGGUGCCGAUCGUAUACAGGUAAUUAAGUUAGAAUGUUGUCUGUGAUAACGACUUAUUGAUACUGGUAAGAGGAAGGCGUUGACCUUAUGAAUCUACCCUGCUACUUUAACCGAAAACAUCUCUGUAGGGAGGGGGACAUGUUGUUUUUUUAAUCUAAUGCAUCAAUUGAACUGAUAGCUACAUUAAAAUAUGUCACUACACCGAACAGAAAGGUCUUUCGCCCCUUGGUAAUUGAUAUAACAUUUAUCAGCUUGUUGAUAUACAACCUACGUACUAUCUGUGCAUGGCUGUUUUUUCUACACAUAUAUCUGGCUUGUAGUGUUUUACUAAUAUGUCUUCGGCCCGAUUAAGUGUUUGUUUAUACGAUGGUAGCUCAUGCCAGAAUGGUGCCCGUGUUCCAUAUCGUUCAUUCGUUAAAACACGAAGACAUAUUUAUCUCAGUUCUUCUAUAUCUAAUGUCUUCACUGAGGGCUCAAAAUGGCCGGUAAUUAAAUGAUAUUACCCAAAAAUAGUUUACCGGUGUCUGUAUGCAAUAAAAUUCACCAUGGAAACUUGUCUGUAUCUAAUAAGCGUGACAGUCUGAUUAACGUACAAGUUUUACUUUAACGAGGAAGCAUACCUUGUUAUUAAUGGAUCCCUCCGUCCAUUUGUUCGAAGAAAUUAAAAUAUUGUUGAUAAAUGUGCAGCGCAUUUGAUAUGAUUAGUAGUGUAAUAUUUAUAUCGAUGUUUAAAUUGUUUUACAUAACACUGCUGUGUCUCUAUUUCUGUGUCUUAACAAAACGUUUUACUGUAAAGCACUCUAUUUUUGUGUGCGUUUUAUUUCGCGACAAUGAAGUGACUUACAGUGCCGUCAUAUAUUCAAUUAAUAAUCUAUUUAUUUUCAUUAACAUAUAGAAUAUUUUAUUUUUGUUAUAUACUGUUACUUAGUUAAUUUUUUCUAAUAGAUGUAUCUGGACAUUGUAAUUUAACAUCGCCUAACCUAGUUUUUACAUUAACAGAAGGGCAGGCUAACUUUUAUGUGUGAUUUUAUUGAAUUAUAUUGUUCGCAAGGCAAAGUGAAAGUAGAUAUCUAUGAAUAGAUACAGAGGCUUACAAUAAGUUAUGAAUGUUUUAGAAUUACAUUCUUGCUGUAGCUAAAGUUGGCGUAAUCUUGUGAUGUAUAUACAUUAGCCGCAACAAGAGGCAUGUAUUCUGUCAUAAACACCUAGUAUAUAGCCUGGUAUAAUUAAAGGUUACACCAAAAAUAAACACCUAGACAGAACAGACACUGUAUUGGAUAUUUAACUUGAUAUCAUUGUUUUUUGAAUGCCUGUUGGUUAUAUAUUUAUACAAUACGGAAGUUUGUGUCUUAAAAUAAAUACAGAAGAUGAG